AUGGGGCUUCCAUGGCUGGACCAACCGGUUCUGCUACAUUCUUCUCGAGCCGAUGAUUGCUCCUUGACACCAGAACAGUGUGCCUAUCGCUACGGGCAUUGGAGAUACUGGUACCAAUCUGACCAUGUCUACGCUUUAAAUACUAUAUACUUUUUAUGUGCAACUGUCGGUGUUUUCACUAUACUGCACCUGGUUUCCAAGCACAGCCCGCUCCCAUUAAAGAGAUCUACCGUCUGGCAACGAUCAAUAGCAGCAGGGAGAUAUCUCACCUACAAAUGCUUCCAACUACCCGUGUUGCGUUCCUGCACCUAUUCGCUGGGGGUCAUUCUCCUGGGGGUGAUAGGAACCGUAUUCUUCUUGGCCAUGACCCUAGGGCCCCGGCCUUACUACUGGCCCAAUACGGCAACGGUCUCUUAUGGCAGUAGCCCACCGAUUGCAACGAGAAGCGGGUGGAUGGCGUUGGCUUUACUGCCAUUUGUCUUGGCACUGAGUGCAAAAGCCAAUCUUAUUUCAGCAUUGACUGGGGUACCUCAUGAGAAGCUUCAAGUCUUCCACCAUUGGACCAGUUACGCUAUGUUUGUCCUGGCGCUCGUACAUACGUUUCCGUUCAUAGUCUAUCACAUUGAUAAAGGUGAUAUGGUUGAGCAGUGGAAAACCGAAGUGACCUAUUGGACCGGGGUUGCUGCUUUAAUUCCGCAGGCAUAUUUGACACUUAUGUCCUUGCCAGCCAUCCGGAAUCGUUUCUACGAGUUCUUCAAGGCCACCCACUUUCUCGCCGCUUUGCUAUUCAUCAUAUUCUUCUUCUUCCACUGCGACUUUCGUCUGACCUCAUGGGACUACUUCAUCGCCACGGGGGCUAUCUACCUCUUCAGCCUUUGUAUAGCCAACAUCCGCACAUACUUUAUGCAUGGCCGCCACACAGCCAUAAUCGAGCAGCUCCCCUGCGGCCUUGUCCGAGUCAGGAUUCCUACCAUCAUGACCUGGCGUCCAGGCCAACACGUCUUCGUCCGAUUUCUCAGCCUCCAACGAGGUAUCCAUUGCUUCAGUACCCAUCCGUUCACCAUCUGCUCCCUCCACCACGACCCCGAGAAAACCGGCAAAGCGCCAGAAAUCAUCUUCUACAUCAAGCCACGCCGAGGACUGACCGCCAGCCUGGGAAACACCGCCCUCGAGAAGCCCAACUCAUCCGAGACCGUGUUCCUCGAAGGCCCAUACGGCGGGAUAUCCGAGUCCACCAACCUUGCACGAUUCGACACCGUCAUCCUCAUCACCGGCGGCACCGGUGGCGGCUUUUCCCUCCCGAUCCUCGAAGAAGCACUCAAAUCGUACCAUCACCAGCCCACUCAACCCACUCCAACCAUCCAAGUGUACUUCGCAACCCGAACCCACACCCUAGCAGAGUGGUACCGGGAAGAGAUCAAAUCCAAACUAGCAGCCUAUGGCAUUCCCGACGACAAUAUCUCCCUAUCCAUCUACAUCACCUCAUCAACCCUCCUCCCCACCCCAGCGUCCGGCUCCCCCCUCCUCCCCUCCUCGGGCGAAAAAGGGAGUUCCCCAGACUCCAUACACCGCAUCCCAUCCCAGACAGACCUAAAUUCAGACAAGGUCCAGGUAGGAAGCCGACCCGACAUCCAAGGGAUCAUCGCCGCCAGCACGACAUCACACACGGCGCGCCACAUCGCCAUCUUCACCUGCGGACCGGCGUCGAUGAUCCAGGAUGUGCGGAAUGCAGCCGCGGAAGCACAAAGCCAGGUGAUUCGAAAGAACAGCUCCGUGGAGGAGGUAUAUCUACAUACGGAACCGUUUUCGUGA